GGGAGGCACAGGACCUGCAAGCUGCAGAAGUAAAAGCUCCCGGACCUACGAUGGAGCAGGAUCUCAGGAGCAUCCCGGCCUCGAAGCUCGAUAAGUUCAUAGAGAAUCAUCUCCCGGACACCAGCUUCUGUGCUAACCUCAGAGAAGUCAUAGAUGUCCUGUGUGCGCUCCUGAAGGACAGAUCCUUCCGGGGCUCUUCCCGCCGAGUGAGGGCCUCCAAGGGGGUGAAGGGCGGCUCCUCAGGCAAAGGCACCGCACUCAAUGGCAGGCCAGACGCUGACCUGGUGGUGUUCCUUAACAAUUUCACCUACUUCGAGGAUCGGUUAAACCAACAGGGACUGUUGAUUACAGAAAUUAAGAAACAACUGUGCGAGAUGCAGCAUGAGAGACGUUUUGGAGUGAAGUUUGAGGUCCACAGUUUAAGGAGUCCCAGCUCCCAGGUUCUGAGCUUCAAGCUGUGUGCCCCAGACCUGCUGAAGGAGGUGAAGUUUGAUGUGCUGCCAGCCUAUGAUUUAUUGGAUCAUCUGAACAUCCCCAGGAAGCCUAACCAACAAUUCUACGCCAAUCUCAUCAGUGGGCAUGCCCCACCGGGGAAGGAUGGCGAGUUCUCUACCUGCUUUAUGGAGUUCCGGAAGUACUUCCUGAACUGGCGCCCAACCAAGCUGAAGUGCCUCAUCCGCCUGGUCACGCACUGGUACCAACUGUGUAAAGAGAAGCUAGGGGACCCACUGCCCCCACAGUACGCCCUGGAACUGCUCACAGUCUACGCCUGGGAGCGUGGGAGUCAACUAACUAAAUUCAACACAGCCCAGGGCUUCCGGACCGUCUUGGAACUGGUCACCAAGUACAAACAGCUUCGAAUCUACUGGACAGUGUACUAUGACUUUCGACAUCGAGAGGUCUCUGAAUAUCUGCACCAACAGCUCAAGAAAGACAGGCCUGUGAUCCUGGACCCCGUUGACCCAACAAGGAACGUAGCCGGUUUGAACCCAAAGGGCUGGCGGCGACUAGCAGGAGAGGCUGCCACCUGGCUGCAGUACCCAUGCUUUAAGUACGGGGACAGUUCGCCCGUGUGCUCCUGGGAGGUGCCGACAGAGGUUGGAGUGCCAACGAAGUAUCUCUUUUGUCGUAUUUUCUGGUUAUUGUUUUGGUCUUUGUUCCAUUUCAUUUUUGGGAAGACUUCAUCUGGAUAGCCCAGAGUGGCCGGGAUAUUGCCAUCCUCCUGCCUUAGCACCGGAAUGACUGCAGCAUAGGUCUGCUGUGCCCUGCCUCCCCUCCAUCCUCAAGUGGACAAGAACUGGGCAAGUGUUUUCCUGUGAGCACAGCGCGGGACCUGUCCAGGAGGCUCCAAAGUCAGGGGCAUGUCCUGCUCUGCUGCAGGCCUGUGGGAAGCGGGUGUGGCUAUGGCUGCGGCCUUGUGAACUAAGACGGCACCCUGGUUCACUGACAAGCCCCGUGAUUACCAAAAACCUGAUCAUGUGCACCCGAGUGAUUACGUGCUGUCCGUCUGACGUAUAGCGUCUUACAGCAUGAUAUUGAGUCACUGGCCUAUCAACACCCACCCUGUCUGCGUGCAUGGCUUGCGUAUAGAACGUGUUGAAUGGUGAUUGGAUGAUGAGUGAUGAGAGCCGAGUGCAGAGGGUGGAAGGGGAUAAAUUGGGCUAUCCCAGAAUAAA